AAAAUUUUGGAUGGGUUUGACUUCUUGUCUUAAAACUUCCCAUCAGUGCAGCGAGAGCGACGCGACGUUUGGAGGUUAGUUGAAAAAAUCGAAAUCGCACUUUAGGAUCACUGUUGACAAUGGCAACCGGAAUAUCUCCUACUUUGGCUAUUCGUUCCUCUACCGGAGUCGAGGUGUGGAAAUCGGACGGAUUCAAGGAUCCGUUCGUUCCGGACGUAAGGUUUGCUCGGGACGAGAGCAAACUAUGUCGUGCUAUUGUUUAUAGCCCUAAUGGACGAUUUCUAGCGUGGGCAAAUGGUUCCACGGUCCAGAUCAGCACGGUUCCCGAUUGGACUGUGCAGCACAAGUUGCCUAGGCCAAAGGCAUUCUACCUCAAGUUUUCUCCACGGAGCACUUACUUGAUGACGUGGGAGAUGUACACAGAGAACUCAAAAGAUGAAGUAAAAGAAAAACCGAAUCUUUUUCUGUAUGAGGUAGCCAGUGGUCGGGAAAUGUUUUCAAUCAUUCAGAAACGCCAUGCUGACUGGGAAAUGCACUGGGCCGCGGACGAGAGUCUCUUCGCUUUGAUGGUCGGUGGUGAGGUGCUAUUUUACGAAGUUCAGUCUGAUGCCGAGUUCCCGAAAAAAGUUACCAAGCGCUUGGGAGGUGCACGACACGGAGGUGUUUCGGUGUCUCCAGGGCCAAGCCCACCGUUUGUAGCUUUCUAUGUACCAGGGACAAAGGGGGCUCCGUCUAUGUGUCGACUGUUUCGUUACCCGAAUCUUGAAGCUAACCAGCCGAUUGCUUCCAAAAGUUUCUUCCAGGCCGACAAGGUUGAAAUGAUGUGGAAUCAAAAGGGAAACGGACUUUUGCUACUUACAAGUACUGAUGUGGAUCAAACUGGUGUUUCGUACUAUGGCAAACAGGCUCUUCACUUCAUGACCACAAAGGGAGAUUCGUUUGCAGUCCAACUUAACACCGAAGGAUCCAUCCAUGCUGUAUCAUGGAGCCCACGCUCAACUGAAUUCUGCGUCGUGUACGGUUUUAUGCCCUCAAAAGCAACCCUUUUCAAUCUGAAGUGCGAUGCCGUUUUCGACUUUGGAACUGGGCACCGAAACUCAAUUUACUACAACGAGUUUGGCAAUAUGCUGGUUUUUGGCGGCUUUGGAAACCUUCCCGGAUACAUUGAGGUCUGGGAUCUAAAUCAAAAAAAGCUAAUCACCGAACAUAAAGCGCCCGAUACCACGCUGCUUGAGUGGAGCCCAGUGGGUGAUAAGUUUUUAACGGCCACGACAGCUCCAAGAUUACGAAUGUCGAACGGAUUCAAGGUUUGGCAUUAUACUGGAGCACUUUUGCACGAAACUCAUUGGCCAGAAAAGCAGGAAUUGUUGGAAGUUAUCUGGCAAAAGUAUGCUCCUGGUACAUUAAAAGAAAAUACAAUUUCCAACGAAAAAAUUGAAGGGAUCGCCUCCAAAACUCCUCAGGCAAGCAAACAGAAGUAUGUGCCACCGGGUAUGCGAAAUAGUAUAACUACUGGAAGUGGAGAAACUGCUUCAUCGUCAGCCGCUACUCGGGCACCGAUACCAGGCCUUCCACCCGGAUAUCGCUCUUCUGUUCAACAGGCAAAAGAUAAGAAGCAAAAAAACAAAUCAAAGAACAAAACAAGCCAAGGGCCGACCCAAUCUGGAAAUAGCAACAUAUCCAAUGGUCAGAACACUAAUCGAACUGCAUCCGCGGGGGGCGAUGAUGGUGCAGCUAAUGUCCAAGAGAAAAAAAAUCGUCCCAAAUCUGCACCCAAUCCGAAACCAGCUCCAAUGGACAAAACUGAAAAUACACAAGGGACCCCGAAACGACCUCAGACAACUAAUAGUGGAGAUCCAGAAAAGGAUAAAAAGAUAAAAAACCUCAACAAAAAACUCAAGGACAUAAGAUUGCUGAAGGAAAAAAAUCAACGCGGCGAAAAACUCGAGCAGACGCAAAUAGUCAAAAUGAACUCAGAACUCGAGCUGAUGAAAGAAUUGAAAGCUCUAAAAAUGUCAUAAGCCUGCUCGCGGUAUCGUUUAAUUUCUGUUUUUUUUUCUAUGUCAUCACUAAACAACGGACUUAUUGAGGAAUGUAUUAUUUGCCGCUAGUGUGACGCAAAAUCUACAUUUUCUUCAAAUCAACUAUUCCUUUUUACAUUAGACAAAAGGCAAAAAUUUUGGUAUGCUAUUUUUUGACUUCCGCUUUAUACCUAGCCUCUGUAGGUAUGCAAAAUAUCUUUGUGCAUAGCAAAAAUCUAUGGUUAUUCUUUUUUCACCUGGAAAUAUAUGAACCAUAUAGGUGCCAAGAAUUACUCAAACCAAACAUUUGAUAUCUCUCACAAACAAACCGAGCAAGCACAAACGUCUCAGCAGAAGGUGAAAGAUCAGUCAAUGAAAAGUAAUGUUUAUUAGCAUGACUUAUAUGCCGCCAUGGAGAUUUUGAUGAUCAAUAAAAAUCAUUGAACACAA